CAGCUGCCCGUGCCUCUUGCGCACGCGCGCCGGAAGGUGGCCACGUCUGCCGGAAGUUGGGGCAGCACGGCUGGGCCCGGCCGGGGGUCUCGCAGUGGUGGCGGCCGCGCGGCUCUCGUUUUUCACCCCUCCUUUACGACUCCCCUCGGGCUAGGAGGAGCGUAUGUUCCUGAAUUUUUAAUGUUGUAGUUAUCAAGAGACAGCCAUCAUGUCCUGGCUUGCUGAUCUCGCUGGAAAGGCAGAGGAUCUACUCAACAGAGUUGAUCAAGGAGCUGCAUCAGCUCUGAGCAAAAAAGAUACAGCAAGCAGUGCAGGUUAUGAUAAUAAGAAAUUGGACUCUGCCAAUGAGUAUUCUGAUUUGCACCAGCAUACUGGAGAAUCGAAAUAUCAGACAUCGUCCAAAGCAGCAUACAUCUCCUCAGCAGCAGACAACAUUAAACAUCAAAAGGCCACAAUCCUAGCAGGAACAGCAAAUGUUAAACCAACACGUAGGACAUCUUCAGAGGUUGCUUCUCCAGCUGAAAGUACUUCUACACCCAGAGCUUCCUCACAUUUUGUGAGAAGAAAAAAGUCUGAACCCGAUGAUGAGUUGCUAUUUGAUUUUCUCAACAGUUCACAGAAAGAGCCUAACGGGAGGAUGGACUCAAGAAAAGAGAAGAACAAGGCACCUGUUCUUCAAAAUCACUCUCGGACUUCAAGCAUUAGUUCUGCAUCUACCAGUACACAGAGUGCAAAAACUACUGAAGAUAAUUCCAUCAGGAGCCAAAGCAAUGAAUCUCCAGACAGUUCAGAUUCUGGACUGGAAGCACAAAGAGAUGGUGUGAAGGACUCAUCACCAAGUGCAGUAACUAAUCCUGGCCUUUUAGCUAAUGAUGAUCUGAAAUCACACGAGCUAUCCAAUCUUCGCCUGGAGAACCAGCUGCUGCGGAAUGAAGUUCAAUCUUUAAAUCAAGAAAUGGCUUCAUUAAUUCAGAGGUCCAAAGAAACACAAGAAGAGCUGAACAAAUCCCGGGAAAGGGUUGAGAAGUGCAGUGUUGACCAUUCAAAGAGUGACAGGCUGGUUAGAGAACUUGGAGCUCGAGUUGAUGAUCUGACACAAGCUGUUGCUGCCAAGGAUUCACAGCUGGCAGUGCUGAAAGUACGGUUGCAAGAAGCUGAUCAGCUCUUACAUGCUCGGACAGAAGCUUUGGAAGCAUUGCAGAGUGAAAAAUCACGGAUAAUACAAGACCACAGUGAAGGGAGCAGUUUGCAAAAUCAAGCCCUACAAACUCUCCAAGAGAGGCUGCGUGAUGCAGACUCUGCACUCAAGCGAGAGCAAGAAAGUUACAAGCAAAUGCAGAAUGAGUUUGCAGCUCGUCUAAGUAAAAUGGAAGCAGAACGUCAGAACUUGGCAGAAGGGAUAACUGUAGCAGAAAGAAAGUAUCUAGAUGAGAAGAGACGAGCUGAUGAGCUUCAGCAGCAAGUCAAAGUAACUAAAAACCACCUAGAGUCUGCAAAGCAGGAGCUGACAGACUACAAACAGAAAGCAACUCGCAUACUCCAAUCUAAAGAAAAGUUGAUAAACAGCUUAAAAGAAGGCUCUGGUAUUGAAGGCCUGGAUAGCAAUACUGCAAGCACAAUGGAACUAGAAGAACUGAGACAUGAGCGAGACACUCAGAGAGAAGAAAUACAAAAACUAACGGGGCAAAUACAACAGAUGAGAACUGAGCUCCAGGAUAUGGAGACUCAGCAGGUAAGUGAAGCUGAGUCAGUGAGAGAGCAGUUUCAAGACCUACAAGAGCAAAUAGUGGCACAUAAAACGGCCAAACAAGAGGCAGAAGCUGAACUAGAAAGACAAAAACAGGAACUCCAUUAUACUGAAGAAGAACUGUAUCGAACAAAGCAUACUUUGCAGAGCAGAAUAAAAGACAGAGAGGAAGAAAUUCAGAAGCUCAGAAAUCAGCUCACAAACAAGGCACUAAGUAGUAGUAGUCAGACAGAAUUAGAAAAUCGGCUUCAUCAGCUGACAGAAACACUAAUUCAGAAGCAAACGAUGUUAGAGAGCCUGAGCACAGAGAAAAACUCACUUGUCUAUCAACUGGAACGACUUGAGCAACAGCUGAAGGCAAUCCAAGGCACUAGUGCUAAUGGACCUUCCAUUAAUAUGGCAGGAAUUGACAGUUCUGAAGGUACUCGUAUGCGUAAUGUUCCUGUUCUGUUUAGUGACAUGGAUGCUAACAUGGCAGGAAUGUAUGGGAGAGUUCGCAAAGCUGCCAGUAGUAUAGAUCAGUUUAGCAUUCGGCUGGGAAUCUUUCUAAGGCGGUAUCCCAUAGCAAGAGUCUUUGUAAUCAUUUACAUGGCAUUACUUCACCUCUGGGUCAUGAUUGUUCUACUUACCUACACCCCAGAAAUGCAUCAUGACAGUCCCAGUGGCAGAUAGACUGAGAGAGGACCGUAUGCUGUGCUAAAGUAAUUUGGACUGGCAGUGUCUCUGGAGUAGUCAGUCCUGAAAUAUCAGCAAAUUUUAUCUCAUGGUGGUUAGAGAGAGUAAAAACCAUCAUGCCUGAUUUAUCACUACUUUUGAAACACAUGUGUAAUACCGUAUAGCUUUUUCAAUUUACCGAAAAGAACAUCACUUUCCUGGAGAAAUAAAGCUGUGAAGUUAAGCUAUGGUUAGUCUUUACAUUUUACUUAGACCUUCUGGUGGCUGGUGUAAAAGAUAAGGCUUGCACCUACAGAGAAAUGCAAAGAUUCCUUAAAUUAGAGAUACAUAUGAUACAAGUUAUUUGGGAUCAUACUGGUUGUGGGCUGUGGUCAGGUAAUAAACUAUACUUAGCAAUUUAAAUAAACUUUAUUCUUUCUGGUUUCUUUCAGUCUGCUUUUGCACUUCUGUUUUUAACUUUGUAAAUAACAGACUUUCCCUUAAAAUAUUAAACUGAAAAAAAGACGAUGGAUUGGUGCAAUAUCCUUUUGUAAAUAAGUUUAAAAAUAAAAUAUUAUUCAUUCUUCUUAGCUUUGUACUUCUAGUGCAAUAGAUGUAUCUUCCCUACCAGCUCAAUAGUGGGGCUUCCUAUUUAAAAGCUGGUAUUUUAGCUUUAUUAGAGAGAGAGAAACAGACAGACAGAGAAAGGGUUUUGGGAAAAGGUUCAAACUCUUUAGAAAUAAUAGUGUUUCUUUUUGCACUUGAAAUUUAUAUAUUUUAACUGCAUUUUCUUAUACCUUUCUCAUUACUGUGUCUUAAUCAGAUCUUUUAUUCGUUGAAAUAUUUAUUUUCUAAAGCUUUGAGUAGUUAAUCAAAACUAUUUCUGUACAAAAAUUUAUCAAAACACUGAAAAUUUUCAUGUCUUAAACACACGCCAAAUAAACUAAUAAACAAACCUCAUCAAAUGUUUUGUUGUAAAACCCAUAAUACCAAACCUACUGUAAUAGUUCCGUUGUUAGACAUUGACAGUUAUCAAUACACAAGAAUGCAAGGUCUCUUUCUUUUCCAAAGAAAUUUCUUCUUUUCUGUGUGGUGCUCAAAGCUGAGUAAUGAGAAGAUUACUAGAAGUCAUUUGUCACUGCUGCUUGUAAGAGUAUGGUUCGGUUUUCAAGUGACUUGAACACCAUAAGCAUUAGUCCCGCACACACAGUCUGUCAUGCUAACUCCUAUGGAAAUGUUACAGUAGGCAAAUGAGUAUAUUGCUGCUCUGGUUCAGAUUCUACGGAGAAAACUGAAAUGUUUUGAUGAACUAAGUAAUAAAAGA